AUGUUUUCAAACGGCAACAGAGCAAUUGGACAGGAGGAGCUGCGGUUGCUUCGCCUCGAAGCCAACCAACCAAUCUUUCCAGAGGACUUUGCUGAUACUAUCAGUGGGAGCAUGGCCUUGCGCGAGGACGAGAAGAACCUUAUGGCAGCAUACCUUCGAAGGCCAAAGUCGAAGCGCGUCAACUACACACUAAAUCGCAUCGACUCCCCCAUGUACCCCGCCCUUGCAAAGGUUGCGGAACAGGAGUGGAGGCGAGUGACAGAGGACAAGGAUUCUACGCGGCCUAUGAAGAGACCACGAUCGGAGAGAAGCGCAGAAGACGUGAAGGAGGAUUUGGUAAGGGAUGCGGACAUUGAAAUCAUUCGGAGCCAGCGAGAGCUGAGGACAUGCCUUGGUAAUGCAUUUCUGUCUUGCUGUCCAACAUUGCGGCGGCGUGGUUCCGGUCGUCCACAAAAAAUGGUGGCUCAACUCCCCGACUCAUUGAGUGAGAAUACUAUGGUCUUGAACAGCAAAAGGUUCACGCGAGUGGUUCUGUACGCUCCGGGGAAGGGAUCACCCAUGAAGAAUGCAAUCAUUUGUGAAGCAGAUCCCUCUGAUUUGAUAGCGAUGCGUGAGAAGAACGGGAAUGCCUACACGGGAUUCCGAGAAUCAAAAGCGAAGCGCGGCGAUUCUGCGCCAGCGAGGGACGUUAUCGGGUAUGUAACGAUUGGUGGUUUCUCGCUAACUCGCGGGAGCGGCAUUGGCAACGGGGUUGUUUCCGUCAACUCUCUUCGACGACUUGUUGGGAAAGGGGCAGUCAUCCCUAACGGGCGACGGAAGGGCGUGGAGACCGGGGGCAUUAUAGUCCUGUUUCGGAAUGUGAGUUCGCUUCAUUAUCGCCCUGCGUUGAUUAGAGUUGUUCCAUGA